GAUAGAUUGAUAAGCUCAGGAAAAUAGUUAGAACACGGAGGAUCCUUGAUAUAUAGUUGACCCAAAGGAAUUCUGAAAACCCUAAACCGACAGUGGAUUGGUGAACCUCGCUGAAAAUUCAACGGUCAAGAAGUGGCACAUCUGAACACGAGAACCACCGUUAGAUCCGCUCUGAAAUCUGAAGCCGUCUAUCAACAGAUCACAAUCAUCAUCACCGUCUCCUCUGUCUUUACACGGAUUCUGCGGCGCGGGUGAGUUGCUCUUGCUCUGUCCCUCUCUAUCUCCCUCUUCCAGAAGGCUUAAUCUGCUGCAAAAGGAUAUGGAUGGCGGAGAUGCAAAUCAGCAGCAACAACAACAGCAACAACAGCAGUGGAUGGCGAUGCAGCAGUAUCAGCAGCAGCAGCAGCAAUGGAUGUCAAUGCAGUAUCCUGCAGCUGCGAUGGCGAUGCAGCAACAACAGAUGAUGUACGGGCAGCAAUACGCUUCGUACUACCACCAGCAACAGCAGCAGCCACAGCAGCAUCAGUAUCAACACCAGCAGCAGAAGCAGCCAUCUCAGAUUCAGAGCUCCGGCGAUGAUAACCGCACGGUCUGGGUUGGAGACCUCCAGCCGUGGAUGGACGAAAGUUAUCUUCAUUCUUGCUUCGCUCAUUCCGGAGAAGUUCUUUCUGUCAAGGUCAUCCGGAACAAGCAGACUGGUAAUUCCGAGGGAUAUGGAUUUGUUGAGUUCAACAGUCACACUGCUGCUGAAAAUGUCUUGCAGAACUAUACUGGGACCACGAUGCCAAAUGCAGAACAACCUUUCAACCUAAAUUGGGCAGGAUCUAGCAAUGGAGAGAAAAGGGCUGCAGAUUCUGCUGGGUCUGAUCUGUCAAUAUUUGUAGGGGAUUUAGGUGCUGAUGUCACUGACGCGCUGUUAUGUGAAACUUUUGCUAGUAGGUAUUCCUCUAUCAAAGGUGCCAAGGUAGUACUAGAUCCAAAUACCGGUCGCUCCAAAGGUUACGGCUUUGUUAGGUUUGGUGAUGAGAAUGAAAGGUUGCGUGCCAUGUCCGAAAUGAAUGGCGUAUAUUGUUGUAGCAGGCCCAUGCGAAUUGGGGUGGCUACCCCCAAGAAGCCAUCUACACAACAACAACAAUUUUCUUCACAAGCUGUGGUCUUGGCUGGUGGAUAUGCUUCAAAUGGUGCUAUAGCCCAAACCUACCAAUCUGAUGGUGAUUUAUCCAACACAACAAUAUUUGUUGGAGGAAUUGAUUCCGACGUUACCGAUGAAGACCUACACCGGUCAUUUUGCCAGUUCGGCAAUAUUCUCUCAGUCAAAAUACCUGUUGGGAAGCGAUGCGGUUUUGUACAAUUUGAAAACAGGAGCUCUGCAGAGGAUGCAAUACAGAAACUAAAUGGAUCACUCAUUGGCAAGAACACAGUUCGUCUUUCGUGGGGGCGAACCCCUGCAAACAAGCAGCAGGCAAGAGCUGAAGCCAAUGGUAAGUGGAAUGGGGAUUAUUCGGGAAGGCAAAGUGGUUAUGGCGGAUAUGGACAUUCUAUGCCACAAAAUAACGAUCAGAGUAUGUACGCUGCCGGUGGAUAUGGAGGAGGAUCUGCAAAUGGAUAUGGCAAUAACCAGCAGCCCUUAAACUGAACACUACUCAGUAAUACCAUCUUAGACAGUCUUCAGCUUAUAAUAGACUUCCCCCCUUUUACUUUUUCUAUUUUUAUGUGUUUCAGAGUUCGCCAUAGCUUACAGAAUUUUGUAGCUGGAUUUAAGUGCAUCCCUGCUAGUGUGCCCCCUAUGCAUACAUAUAACGCACGUUCGUAACAUGUGGUUUUUUUGUGCAACACAUGUGAUCUUGUGGUGUCCUAAUCUUCUAUCAUUACUUCUUGAGCAAAUAUGUGUAGAUUUAGAAACCUAAAAUGAAUUGUAAAGUUGUUAAGGUUGGAACAUGAUAAAUUUGUUUUGCAU